AUGGAGUACGUCAGCCUCGAGGGCCUGCGCCUCGACGGCCGCCGCCCGAAGGAAACGCGGCAGAUGCGAUGCGCGAUGGGCGUCCUCCCCGCCGCCGACGGCAGCGCGGAAUUCCGCGCGGGCAACACGCGCGUCAUGUGCGCGGUCCACGGCCCGCGCGAGUGCGUCAAUCGCGGCGAACGCGACGACGAGCGAGCGAUCAUCAAGUGCGAGUUCAGCCAGGCUGCGUUCAGCACGGGCGAGCGACGCGCGCGCGGGAAGGGCGACCGGCGCUCCGUCGAGCUCGCGCUCGUGAUACGCCAGGCACUCGAGGCGACGGUGCUCGUCCACCUCGCGCCGCGAUCGGAGAUCAACGUGAUGAUACAAGUGCUCCAAGCCGACGGCGGCGUGCGAGCCGCGGCGAUCAACGCCGCGGUCCUCGCCAUCGCGAACGCGGGCAUCCCGAUGAAGGACACGAUGGCGGCGUGCAGCGCGGGGUAUCUGGACGGCACGCCGCUGUUGGAUCUGAACUACGUCGAGGAGGGGGGCGGCGGCGUCCGCGUGCACGUCGCGACGCACGCGAGCCGCGGCGAUAAGGUCGUCGUCGUGCAGACGGAUAACAAGGCGAGCGUGGAGGUGUUCGAGCCCGUGCACGCGCUCGCGGUGGAGGGGUGCGCGGUCGUGCAGAAGGUGAUGCGCGAGGCGAUGAUCGAGCACACGUCGAUCUUAGCCACGCUCAGAGGCCGAGAGGCGCUUUAG